AUGGCUGGUGAAGAAGGAAAGUCUGCGGAUGACCCACCUCAGGGUGGAGUCCUCUGUUUCGGCUGCCGCGCCGGGAGGCGGCGGAACAGAGACUGGAGUGUUCUAGAGAGAUUCAAUAUUUGUCGCACCAGCUCGAUCCCCGCUUCCCCUGCCAACGAUAGCAGGUCCGUGAUGGAGGAUGAGGAGGCAGGAGAUGUGCCGUUCAGGGAAGUGGUGGGAUGCCUGAUGUGGAUCGCCAACAAUACGAGGCCAGAAACUUCGAACGCUGUGCGGACGGUGGCGAGACACUCUCACGAGCCCAAGAAGAGUGACUGGAAGGCAGCCCAGAAGAUUUUGAGUUAUCUUAAGGAAACGGCACAUCUAACUCUGAAGUACAAGCAGGACACUACGGUAGACGUAGGCACGUUAGUGUACGUAGACGCUGACUUUGCCAGCAAGGCCACUGACCGUAGAUCAGUUUCUGGAGCAUUAGUUCGUGUAGCUGGCUGUCUUGUGUCUUGGUUUGCUUGGACGCAGAAAUGUGUAUCACUGUCAACUUCUGAAGCAGAGUAUAUUGCGAUGGGUGACGGUGUUAAGGAGGCUCUCUUUGUGAACGGGAUGCUUCAGUUCUUGAGACCUAGUGCGAAGCCUCGGAAAAUUGACGUCUUUGAGGACAACGAAGGAGCGAUUGCGCUUGCAGAGAAUCCGCUUAGCUCGAGUAGGAGUAAGCACAUUGACGUGAGGCACCACUUCCUUAGGAAUUUGACGGAGGAGGGCGUGAUCGAGGUCACCCAUGUCCCAAGCAAGGUGCAGCAUGCUGACAUCCUCACAAAGGCUCUACCGAGAAACCUUUUUGAAGUUCACCGUGACUUUGUCCUUGGCUCAGUAGCUGAGAAGUAG